CUGUACUGUGUACAAACUACAAAUACUUCAACAGUCUUUUGUCCCUACCCUUAAAAGAAUCACGUCGGUCCUUCACAGGUUUCUUCUCUUUAACACGUCCUUACUGGCGACUCACUUUGCUCUAGUUCUUAGCCAUGUUACUCAUCUCACUUGAACUGGGACACUUGUAGAAUAUGGAGCCUGUCAUGAUUGGUAUCUCCUUAGAGUUUCUCAACUUAACAUUUGUCAUAGCAUUUCUGACAUGGGUUUUGCAUAAUGUUUGGAGACAAAGGAGAGAUGGUGAUAUAAAUGAGAAACAUGGGCCAGAUAGAGGGUCUAGAGUUUUUACAAUGAUCACUGUCAUAUCUAAUGUCAUCAUCUCAAGUUUGUACCUUGGUUUUGGUUUGUAUGAAUAUUGGAAUCAUAGGAUUAUCACUAUUAAAUCUGUCUUUUUGUUCAUGACUUGGGUUUUAGCUACUUUGGUAGCAGUCCUAUCAAAAAAUAGAAUUCUUAGUGGAGACAAAAGGUGGCCAUUAAUCCUUAUCCUCUGGUGGGUCUUUUCCUUCGUCAUUGAUUCAGUUUCUCUCUCCAUUUACACUAUCAGACAUUUGAAAUCCAUAGAUUUCCCAAGUUCUUUGCCAGAACCUAACAUAGUUGAUUUUGUUUCCUUUCCUUUGGCAAUACUUCUUUGUUUCAAUGCUUUCCCUACUAGUUGUACUAGGAAACACAGUGACGUAGUAGAGCCUUUACUGCAAAAGGAAAAUGAAACUUUCCAUGGUGAAGAUGGUGCAUUCACAAAUGCUGGAAUUUGGAGCCAACUUACUUUCCAAUGGUUAAACCCGAUUUUUAAAAGAGGUCGAGUUCAAAAGCUUGAAUUACCUCAUAUUCCUUCGAUUCCACAAUCAGAAACAGCAGAUAUUGCUUCCUUGUUGCUGGAAGAAUCGCUCAGAAAACAGAAAUUUGAAGCAUUGGUAUUGCCAAAGUCCAUAGCCUAUGCCAUAUGGAAAUCCUUGGUCAUGAAUGCAACUUUUGCAGGAAUUAACACAAUUGCAUCCUAUACGGGUCCCCUCUUAAUCACAAACUUUGUGAAUUUCCUGUUAGUAAAGGAAGAUAAUUCAAGCACCCACUAUGGUCUGAUUCUUGCAUUCAUUUUCUUCUUUGCAAAGACAGUUGAGUCACUAACUCAACGACAAUGGUAUUUUGGUGCUCAGCGAAUUGGUAUACAACUAAGGGCAGCUCUAAUAGUAUUAAUUUACAAGAAAUCUCUAUUCACUAAGUAUGUCGUUGUAAGCAACGGCAAAAUUAUAAAUUUAAUCAAUGUGGAUGCUGAAAGAAUUGGAGACUUCUGCUGGUACAUUCAUGGAGUUUGGCUGCUUCCAGUCCAGGUCAUUCUGGCCUUGAUCAUCCUCUACAGGAAUCUAGGAGCUGCCCCCUCCAUUGCUGCUCUUUUUGCCACAGUUUUGGUGAUGGUAUGCAACACGCCUUUGGCCAACAUGCAAGAAAGGCUUCACUCCAAGAUCAUGGAAGCUAAGGAUUCAAGAAUCAAAGUGACUUCAGAGACUUUGAAGAGCAUGAGAGUUUUGAAACUACAUUCAUGGGAACCCUCAUUCUUAAAGAAGCUCCUUCAUCUCAGGGAAACUGAGAGAAGCUGGCUGAAAAAAUACCUAUAUUCUUGCUCAGCAGUGGCCUUUCUGUUUUGGGCUUCACCAACUUUUGUUUCAGUUGUCACUUUUGGUGUCUGCAUUGUAUUGAAGACGCCAUUAACAACAGGUACAGUCCUCUCAGCCUUGGCCACUUUUCGAAUUUUACAAGAACCUAUCUACAACCUACCUGAGCUCAUUUCAAUGAUUGCUCAAACAAAGGUCUCAAUUGAUCGUAUCCAAGAUUUCAUUGGAGAAGAAGAUCAAAAGAAGCUAAUACAUGAUCAUACUUCAAAUUCUUUGAAUAUCGCAAUUGAAAUUGAUAUAGGGGAAUAUGCUUGGGAAACAAGUGAAGAAAAAUUAAGGAGACCUACAAUAAAGUUUUUGGAGAAGAUGAAGAUAAUGAAAGGUUACAAGGUUGCAGUUUGUGGUCCGGUUGGGUCAGGAAAAUCAAGUCUUAUCUCUAGUAUACUCGGUGAAAUUCCUAGGAUUUCUGGGGGAGGAAUAACAGUUUAUGGAAGGAAGGCCUAUGUGCCCCAAACUGCUUGGAUUCAAACAGGUACGAUUAGAGAGAAUGUUCUGUUUGGCAAGGAAAUGAACAAGGCAUAUUAUGAGGAUGUACUAGAAGCCUGUGCUUUGAAUCAGGAUAUCAAGAUUUGGCAAGACAGAGAUUUGAGUGUAGUUGGAGAGAGGGGGAUGAACUUGAGUGGAGGACAAAAGCAAAGAGUCCAACUGGCAAGAGCUGUCUACAGUGAUGCCGAUGUUUAUUUCUUGGACGAUCCUUUCAGUGCUGUUGAUGCACAUACUGGAACCUAUUUGUUCAAGAAGUGUCUCAUGCAACUAUUGUCCCAAAAGACUGUCAUCUAUGCUACUCAUCAAGUGGAAUUUUUAGAUGAUGCCGACCUUGUUUUGGUGAUGAAAUCUGGAAAGAUAGUUCAGUCUGGAAAGUAUGAAGAUCUGAUAGUAGAUCCAAAUGGUGAACUUGUUAGACAAAUGGCUGCUCAUAGAAAAUCACUAGACCAAGUUAACCCACUCCAAGAUGAUAAUACCUUAACUAGUAGACCCUGUAAGAUAAAUCAGAUAGAAGUUACAGAAGAAAAUUUUGAAGCUCCCAUCAAUUUUGGAAAACUUACAGCAAGAACUCAAGAAGAAGAGACAGAAACUGGUCGAGUGAAAUGGAGUGUUUACUCGACCUUUGUUACUUCUGCUUAUAAAGGAACUCUAGUUCCUGUUAUUCUUCUCUGUCAAGUUCUCUUUCAAGGACUACAAAUGGGCAGCAAUUAUUGGAUUGCAUGGGCAACAGAGGUGGAAGGCAAAGUCAGUAGAAAGCAUAUGAUAGUGAUAUUCGUUUUGAUGUCUGGUGGGAGCUCAAUCUUCAUAUUCGGAAGGGCAGUUUUGCUAGCUACUAUUGCUGUUGAGACUGCUCAGCGUCUCUUCUGUGGAAUGAUCACAUCAGUUUUCCGAGCACCCAUUUUCUUUUUUGAUUCUACACCUUCAAGUCGAAUCCUUAGUAGGUCUUCUACAGAUCAAAGCACCGUAGACACAGACAUUCCCUACAGAUUAGCUGGAUUGGCAUUUGCGCUUAUUCAGCUAUUAAGUAUCAUCAUCCUAAUGUCCCAGGUCGCGUGGCAAGUCUUCCUUCUCUUCCUUGCAGUUCUUGCCAUCUCUAUGUGGUAUCAGGAUUAUUACAUUACCACUGCUAGAGAACUAGCCCGAAUGGUUGGAAUUCGAAAGGCGCCAAUCUUGCAUCACUUUUCAGAAUCAGUUUCUGGGGCAGCAACAAUUCAUUGCUUCAAUCAGGAAGAGCGCUUUGUGACAAGAAUUCUCAGCCUGAUUGAUGAUUAUUCUCGCGUAGCCUUUCACAAUUCUGCCACAAUGGAAUGGUUGUGUGUUCGGAUCAACUUUCUCUUUAAUCUUGUCUUCUUCCUUGUUCUGAUAAUCUUGGUGAGCCUGCCUAGGUCAGCUGUUGACCCCAGCUUAGCAGGACUGGCAGCUACCUAUGGCUUGAACCUAAAUGUUCUUCAAGCAUGGGUAAUAUGGAAUCUGUGCAAUGUUGAGAACAAAAUGAUAUCAGUUGAGAGAAUUCUCCAAUUUACAAAUAUACCAAGUGAAGCACCCCUAGUGAUUGAAGAUCACAGGCCAAAGCCUGAAUGGCCAACAGAUGGAAAGAUAGAGCUUGAAAGCCUUCAUGUCCAGUAUAAUCCUGCACUUCCAAUGGUUCUAAAAGGGAUCACUUGCACCUUCCCGGGAGAGAAGAAAAUUGGAGUUGUGGGGAGGACAGGAAGUGGAAAGUCAACUUUAAUUCAAGCACUCUUUAGGGUGGUGGAGCCUUCUGGAGGACGGAUUCUGAUUGAUGGAAUUGACAUUUGUAAAGUAGGUUUACAGGAUUUAAGGUCUAGGUUGGGUAUAAUACCACAAGACCCAACAUUGUUUCAAGGAACCGUGAGAAGUAAUAUAGAUCCUUUGCAACAGCAUUCGGAUCAAGAAAUUUGGGAGGUUAUCAACAAGUGUCAUCUUGCAGAGAUAGUGAAACAGGACCAAAGGCUUCUUGAUGCACCAGUGGCAGAAGAUGGAGAAAAUUGGAGUGUUGGACAGAGGCAGCUUGUUUGCCUGGCCAGGGUUCUCCUUAAGAAGAGAAGAAUUCUAGUGUUGGAUGAGGCUACUGCUUCUAUAGAUACUGCAACAGAUAAUUUAAUUCAAGAAACAAUAAGAGAAGAGACAAAGGGAUGCACGGUCAUUACUGUAGCUCAUCGUAUACCCACUGUUAUUGACAAUGAAUUGGUUCUGGUUCUUAAUGAAGGCAAUGUUGUAGAGUAUGACUCCCCAGCUCAGUUACUCAAGGAUAAGUCCUCUACAUUCUCAAAGUUGGUGGCUGAAUUCUUGAGGAGAUCAUCCAAGAGUAACUGCCAUGGGGAUAUUUCUUGAACGAAGGCCAAGAUUAUGAUGCAAACCAAUAAUAGCAGCACCCUUGAAAGUCAGACAGUGAAUCGACAGAAUCGUUCAUGCUCCAAGCGCUUGGGAACCAUCUUACAUACCAAAACACCCUGAACAGCCAAAAUGAGAGUUCCAGCAAACAGCUCUGACGAUUGACACGUUCAAGAUUCAUGAAAGCAAAACCAUUAUUCUGAAUAAAUUUUAGAUCAUCGAUGACCAGUGGCGAUUCUAGGAAUUUUUCCCAGGGUGUUCCUAAAAUUAU